AUGCUUGAGAAAAUUCUAGCAAAUCAAUCUAAAUCUGAGAGGACUUUAUCUGGGCUGACAGAGAUAGUAGGUUCCCAUACAGUGGCUAUUCAGAAGCUUGAGUCACAGAUGAGGGAUGUUUCUAGAGAGCAGCACCCUCCUAAAAAGGGAGGACUUCCGAGUAACACUAUUCCAAAUUCGAAGAAUGGGGGAGGCGGUGUAGACCGUGUGUUUGCCAUCACUACUAGGAGUGGCAAAAUACUCCAAGGGGCUAAAAAGAAGGUGGUUGAUCUUGGGCCGAUAGAUGAAGAGGAUGAGGUGCAGUCUGAAGCACCCAUUAUUGUUGAUAAGAAUCCUGCUAACAAGAAGGUUGCUGACAUUCCAGAGAUAGUGAAAGAUGUUGAUAACACGAGCAAGCAAACUGUGAAAGGGGCUCUCCACCCUUUGACUCAGCUUUUCAAGUCUAAACCUCCCUUUCCUCAGAGGUUGGUUAAGAAAAAGGAGGAUGCUAAGUUCGAGAAGUUUUAUGAUCAGUUAAAGCAGUUAUCUCUUAAUUUCCCCUUCUUGGAAGGCACAUCGAGAGAUGCCGAUUUUGCCAAAUAUUUGAAGGAACUGCUGACCAAGAAGAAAACGGUUCAACAUGAAACCGUGAGUUCCAUCAUCUCAACUACUACUGUUAAGAAAAAGGGUGAUCCUGGGGCAUUCACCAUUCCUUGUUCUAUUGUGCACCAUUAUUUUGCUCCUGCUUUGUGUAAUAAUGGGGUGAGUAUUAAUUUGAUGCCCCUUUCUAUAUACAAACAAUCAGGUUUGGGGAUGCUAAGGCCGACUACUAUGAGGUUACAAAUGGCUGAUGGGUCUAUCAAAAGACCUGUUGGGGUGGUUGAUGAUGUACUUGUGCGGAUUGGUGAAUUUAUGUUGCCCGCGGAUUUUGUGAUUCUUGAUUGUGCUAUUGAUCGGGACAUUCCUAUUAUUCUGGGGAGACCUUUCCUUGCUAUAGGGAGAGCUUUGAUGGAUUCGGAGAAAAAUAAAAUCAAGUUCUGA